CUCAAACGAUAGGCAGUAGGCCAGGCGUAUAGACCCAACGAGAUCCACCACGAUAAACACGCGCACCAUUCGUUCCCACUGAGCUCGAUUCCAACGCGGUCGCACCUCAACUGGCUGGAACCCGCAUCCAGGUCGACACCGCCUGCCAUGAGAGAGGAGGUCAGGAGCUCGUCGGCCGCGCUCGCGCCCGCGGACCCGCCGCUGCGCUCAGACUCGCCGCCCGCCACCCCGGUCGCCAGUUCUGCUGGUGCUUCAUCUCCUCCCGCGCAAACAAAUGUAGCUACCAUAGAUUGGUUAGGCAGCGAGCAGUUAUCUAAAGUUGGGUCAUCAUCCCAUGUUGCUUCACAUGCUGCUCAGCCUUCUCUUAGUACUAAUGCUGUUGGAGUUGCUAUGGAUUUUUCGCAACCAUCAUGUAGACCAUGGGAACGAGGAGAUUUACUUCAUCGACUGGCCACAUUUAAGCCUUCAACAUGGGCUUCUAAACCAAAGGCUGCUAGUUCACUGGCCUGUGCUCAAAGGGGCUGGGUGAACAUUGGUGUGGACAAAAUUGAAUGCGACUCAUGUGGCGCACAUCUGAUAUUUACUGCAUUGACAUCCUGGUCCCCUGCUGAAGUUGCAAAUGCUGGAGAAGCCUUUGCUGAACAGCUUGAUGCAUCGCACCAGAAUGAUUGUCCCUGGAGAGGGAAUAGCUGUGCUGAUAGCUUGGUACAGCUCCACUUCACACCAUCAGCUCUUCUUGGUGGUUUUAAAGAUCGCUGUGAGGGGCUGUUGCAGUUUAUAUCUCUCCCUGUUAUUGCCUCGUCUGCAAUAGAGAGUAUGAAACUCACUAGGAGUCAGCAGAUUGAACGUGUCUUAUCCCAAUCAAUCGCAAUUCUGUGUGGGGAGCUGGGUUACAAAACAGAUGGUACAACAGGAAUUGAUGUCAAUCAUCAAGACGAAACCUGCAGUUACUCUCAAGCGCAGAAGCUUAUUAGCCUGUGUGGAUGGGAACCUAGAUGGCUUCCGAACGUACAAGACUGGGAAGAAAAUUCAACCCACUCUGCAAAAAAUGCAGCCUCAGCUGAACCAGAUAAAUGCUCCCGCUUUCCUGAGCCUCAGCAAAAUUCAUACUCUACAUCAGUCAAGAAAGAUAAGGGGAAAGGCAAACUACGUGCAAAAGAUUCUGGAUGCAGCAUGAGGUCACCUUUGCUGGAUUGCAGCUUAUGUGGAGCUACAGUGAGAAUCUGGGACUUCAGAUCCGUUCCACGUCCUUCUCAUCUUAAUCUCGGCAACAUUGAUGCACCUGAUGCAGGGACGAAACCUAUGUUGGCACGUGGAAUUAGUGCUACGAGUGGGAUCAAUGGAUGGGUUGCUGAAGCAACAGACAGAAAUAAUGCUGAAGGACGUGAUGAGGCAUGCACUGUUGAGGGAAAAUCAUUGUCAAAUGCUCAGGUUGACCUAAAUCUGACAAUGGCAGGAGGAUUGCCACCAACCCAUUCUGGGAUGCUUUCAAUGCCUGAAAAUUUCAAGAAUGAGGGGAUGGGAAUAGAUCUGAUGAUUGGUCAGCCUACCGGGAGUGAGAUUGGUGGCUAUGCAGCCUCAUUUGAAUCUCGUGGCCCCAGUUCGAGGAAGCGUAAUCUGGAGGAAGGUGGGAGUACAGCUGAUAAGCCAAUAAACAGGCUUCAGCCUGCUGACAGUAUAGAAGGAACUGUAAUUGACCGCGACGGUGAUGAAGUUGAUGAUGCUGUACAAAACUCAGAUAUUCGGAACAAAAGGCCUCGUGGCUUUAAUCUUUUUGAUGUCAAUCGUCCAUCUUCUUCCGGAGCUGGUCCAAGCAGAAAUUUAAGUCUUGAGCUGGAUAUAGAUGUCAACAGAUUUGAGCCAUCUAAAGAGGGUCCAUCUACCCUUCGCAACUCGUCUGCUAGAGACUCCAUGAGGGCAUCUUCUGUUAUUGCAAUGAAUAUUAUUCACGGUGCGGAGGAAAAUUCAAUGGAGAGUGUUGAAUACCAUCCAUGUGAUGGUGAUGAUGUUGAGAAGCCUUCAAGUGCACUCAGGAGUGGUGGAAUGAGUGACACAUUGGAUCUCAAUUAUAGCAACCAAGCACAGGAAAGCAAUUUUGUACAGCCUGCUGCUGACAGUAAUGCAAGAGAUAUAGGAGGGAGUAGUAUGAAUGGAGGGGAAGAAGUCCUCAAUGCAGAAACAGCUCCUGCUUUUGCUAGGGAUCAACUUAGCGUUGGAGUUAGCGGAGGCAGUGUUGGAAUGGGUGCUAGUCAUGAAGCUGAAAUUCAUGGAGUUGAGGUUUCUGAACAUAAAACUGAGAGUGUUGUCGGAGAUGUGGAACCAGUUCCCGAGCUUACUGAAACCAUGGGGCAUACUGGUGAGUCAGCUCCUGGACCUGGAGUGAUGGAUGAGUUUGUCCCUGAAGAUGCUGGUCGAGAAGAGCCUCAGGCUGAUAGCCACGAUAUGGCAUCUCGGUUAGUGGGUCGAGUUGACAGUGGUUCAACUAAAGCUGAUUCGGUUGAGAGUGGAGAAAAGAUGAGCCAUGCCAGAGGCCAGGAGAGUAACAUACAACAUUCCCUUUCUUGCAAUGCAAGAGUUUAUUCUGGGAUUGAUUUAUCUAAAGAUGAAGUGACUCAGACUGGUAAAAUGCUGACUAAGGACGAGUAUGACCCAGGAAAUGAUCUUGGAGCAACGAAUGGAGAGAAUGAUUAUGAAACGGGUCUUCCAGAAUUUGAUCCAAUUAAGCAUCACAACAACUAUUGUCCAUGGGUAAAUGGAUAUGUUGCCAUUGCUUGCACUAUCAAUACUGGUUCCAGCACAAAUAGUGCAGCAUUUUGUGGCUGGCAGCUUACAGUAGAUGCACUUGAGACUGUCCAGUCUCUUGGCCAGAACCAAUAUCAAGCCAUGAGGUCUGAUUCUGCGGCGUCACUGUAUAAGGAUGACCAUGCGGCACCUAGCCACAAGCUGCUGAAAAGGCCAAAACACAGCAAGUGCUAACUGAAGCGCCGUUGGUACAUGUGCACAUUCGCUAAACUUGGAUACAGCUCAAAAAUAGUUUGGCUGAUGCAAAUCUGAAGAGAUCUAGUUUGCUAUUUGCAAGACUAGGCUUGGAGCUCGACAUAGCAGAAGAGCUCACAAGGCGCAAGCAGGCGGCAGAAGAGGAAUAAGUUAAGCAUUGUAGAUUAUAGAUGGACUUGUUGCCAAGCUGUUGUUUCUUCUUUUAUUGUAUUUUUAUAUAUAAUAUUGCUAUUCUGGAAGAUUUGGUGAGUCUAAAAUUCUGGAUCUAUCGUCUAUAAGACUAAGAUUUGUGCCAGUGAACAACAUUUGGCUGAGUUAACCGUUAAUUUAAAUUGUUGUCUGUUGUCA